UUUAUUUCGUGGUGCUGGUGGUUAACCACUUUUACUUUAUUCCGGGUGCCAUGUUAUAAUAAAAUUUUAUAAACUAACUUCAUUAGACGUACACAAUAUUUUCCUUAGAUUUGUUUGUAUAGUCACAAAGAUAACAAGUGUAGUGAAAACACCGAAAAGUAAGUUCAAUACAAAAUCCUCAGAACUUUUCUAUCCACUGCGGAGAUUGAAGGACCAACCAUUUUAGCUAAAUGAAGAUAAACUUUGCUUUUCUAUUCUUAAUUACUGGUAUCGUCGCUUCCCGAGAUAUGGCCUUUACUGGAGGAACAGAGGAACUCGACCCUAUUUCGAAGUAUAACGCCCAAAACAACGAAAAGGCAAAUGUCAGCUUCUUGCUUUUUACUAGGAGAAAUCCUUUAAAACCAGAUGAAAUCGUUUUAGAUAAUGAAGAAUCUGUUGAAAAUUCGGAGUUUAAUCCACAAAAUCCUUCUAGAUUUCUGAUUCACGGUUGGAGGGGGGGACCUAGUGAUGUUAUCAACGUCUUAUGUCAAGCAAAUUACCUUGCUCGGGGAGACUAUAAUAUCUUCAUAGUCGACUGGUGUCCAUUAGCUUCCAGCUCCUACUUGAACGCUACGGUUAAUGUAAGAGAAGCUGGGAAGCAAGUAGCAGCAUUUAUUGAUUUCUUGCACAGGAACCAUGGACUCAACCUAGCUUCCACCUAUAUCAUUGGUCACAGCUUAGGGGCACAUGUAGCUGGGAUAACUGGAAAACACGUCAAACGCGGGCGAAUCCGUGCUAUUUUUGGCCUGGACCCAGCUCAGCCACUUUUUUCAAUUGAUAGACCAAAUGAACGCUUAGAUGCAAACGACGCAGAGUACGUUGAAAACAUUCAUACCAAUACUGCCUUCAAAGGAUUUGCAAAACCAAUAGGAGAUUCUUCAUAUUAUCCGAAUUGGGGUAGACGUCAACCUGGCUGCGGAGCAGAUUUAUUAGGAAGUUGUUCACAUGAGAGAGCUGUGAGAUAUUUUGCAGAAUCGCUUGAAGGUAGAAGUAAUUUUUACGGAGUCCAAUGUGAAUCUUAUGGUAACAUUGAGAACAUGACAUGCAAUAUUGGAGUAACAGUCAAAAUGGGAGGCGACUUACUCGACUUUAAGGGCAGCGGUGUGUUUUACGUUCCAGUUGGUGAAAAAUAUCCGUUUGCCAAGGGUAAAAUUCCGUACAUGCACUUAUUUUCUUAAGAUAGUUUUAUAGUGUGACGCUCGGAGUUUUUAUGUUAUUUCAUUAUUUUUUUUUAAUAGGAAAAUAAUGCACGAUUGUUCUGAAAUU